AUGGAUGGAGCUCUGAGGUUUUACAAGAUAGGAAUAAAAGUAGCAGAAAAGUUAUGGCAACCCCUGGCAAUCAUCUUCCAAGAAGAGGAAGGUUUUGAUGCUGGGGCACUCAAAAUCGAAUUCUUUGAGCUGCUAUUGAAAGAAAUGCAGUUACGUCUUUUUGAAGACCCUGAUGAGUCAAAAGUGCCUUUGAGGGAUAGAAGCAAGGCAUUCCUUUUUAAGCUGGUGGGAGUGGCAAUUUCGCACUCAAUAAUUCAGAACGGUCCUGUCUUUGGUGCUCUUUCACCUGUAGUUUACUAUCAUCUGGCUGGAUGUGAUCCUGAUCUUGUGGCUAGUCAGAUUGGAAAAAAUGAUGUGCCUAAAAAUACAGCUAACUUAAAUAUAAUCCAUGUGCUAAUGGGUAAUUUUGUUUUCAGAGGGUAUAACUAUGAAAUCUACUUCAAGUUAAAAGCGUGA